GAGAGUUCUUGGAAACCGCACCCUGUGACGCGGAUUCCCGACGAUGGACCGACCACGCUAUGGAUCUGUAUGGCCGCGGGCCAAGCGCAAAGCUUCGGCGCCAUCGGGUGGAACAGGAUAGGCGUUUUCGUGUUGACUGCGGUAACGACGCUUUUUCUUGGCGUUUUUGUGUUGACUACUUUAAAAGGAGUUUGAUGUCUUCCACCACACUACGUGACGAAGCCAGCGAUCACAUGCUAAAGCAGUUGAAGCGCAAGGAUUGCCUACU